AUGGGGGUUGAAUUGGUGAGAAAGUACGGUAAUAUUGCAAUGAGAAGUUGUUAUAUAUCAGCUUUGAGGCAUCCAUUCUUGGUUGUUAUGGUUUUUCAUUUGAUUUGGAUGUAUCGAUCAUUUCCUUUAUUGUUUUCUCUUUUGGUGUAUGCUUCUCCUGUUAUUGUAUCCACUGCUAUUUUACUUGGAACUUUAUUAUUCUUGGGUCAUCAAAAUGUACCCAAAAUCUCAAAAGAAGGAAAACCACACCAUCAUGAUACCCACAAUCAGAAAAAUGUGGUUCUAGGAGAUACAGAAAUUGAUGGGAGCUCUAGUUGUGAGGAACUCCAUGGGGUGAUAAGUGAAAAUGCGAAAACUUGUGCUGUUAAUAAUAUCAAGAUUAAUGUUGGUCAUUCUAGUAUGCAAAUUGAUAAAAAAGGAAGCUCAAUUGACGGUAGUGAUUCAAAGAUGAGUAAACAAUUAAGAAAGAGUGAAGUGGGCAAUGCAGGUGAAGAAAAUGUUGUUUUGUCUCAGCAUAAGAUUUCAGAGGGCAAAAAUACUAAAUUGAAAAAUAGUGACAAAUUACAGGGGAAUUCAAUUGACCCCCCAAGUUCUGCUCUAGGUUUGUUGUGGAAAUAUGGUGAAAAACAUAGAGAUGAAGAUAAUAAAGGGUGGGAGACGGGAUCUGAACUUGCUGAGAGUUCCUCACCAAGUGCUUCAGUGGCUGAUAUCUUUCCAAUGCUUGAUGCACUUCAUCCUGAAGUUCCUCAGCACACUCACAUGUCUAAUGUUAGCACAGAUGUUGCUUCAGAUCAUUCUCUCGAAUCGACUGACGUCAUUAAUGACACAGAUGAUUAUGAUGAUGACGAUGAUGAUGAUGAUCAAGAAGAAGAUAUACAAGUUAAAGAUGAUGAAGAGGAAGGAGAAGCAAAUAUAGACAAAGAGGACGAGACCAAUAUUACAUGGACAGAGGACGACCAAAAGAAUCUCAUGAAUUUGGGAACAUCGGAGGUAGAGAGAAACCAACGUUUGGAGACACUUAUUGCUAGACAAAAGGCACUAAAAAACAUGAGAAUUCUGGCUGAAAAGAAUAUGGUAAAGUUAAGUCCUGAUAUUCCUUUUAAUGCCACUCUUAUUUCAACUACUAGAAAAAAUCCUUUUGAUCUUUCUUACGAUUCUAAUGCACAUAUUCUUGGGUCAACUUCCUCUGUUAUGGUUCCAAUAAGAAAUCAUUUUGAUCUUCCUUAUGACCCAAGUGGAGAGAAACCUGAUACAGAAAGGGCCAUUUUUCAAUCUAACUCCAUACCCUUUCAAUCAAACCUUCCAUUCAGUCGUCCCCAUGAGAGUUUUGAUGUGGAUCCUUCAGCUUCAGUUGCUUCCACGCAAUUAGGACCAUACUCUGUACAUGAACGCAUGAAUCCAGACGUGACAAACUAUUCUUCCAUGCAUAGACAAAAGGGUGAAAUUAGUGACUCUAAGCUGAGCUCUACACCUGAUACAGAAUCAACAAAUUCAACUGAUGAUGUGGAACAUAAGAACCAUACUAAAGAUGACUCUUCUCGAGAAGCUGAUUUCACUCCUGUAAAAGAUCAUUAUCAUACUACUAAGGCAAGUGAACAUGUUAGUAAGAGAAACCAGUUGUCUGAAGAUGAUGACACUAUGAAGCUCUAUCAGGUUGCAGAUGAUGGCAUACCAGACGAGGUUAAAACAAGUGUCAUGGAUGAGGAAGAUAAUCAAGAGAAAACUAGCAGCAAUUGGAGCUCAUCACCAUUGUCUGAUGUCACUGAUCACAUAUAUGACGAGAAACAAGGUGAUAAAAACUUUGAAUCAGUUCCAAAAACAAAUUAUUUUGAGGGUCCUGAAAAGUCUGAUAUGCAAAUGGAUAUAUUCAAAAGGCACCAGUCGCCACCAACUAAGUAUGCUGAAUAUCAACACGAGGCUAUACCAGAUAACAAAGAACAACAAACGACUGACAACAAAUCCUCCCAUCACAAGGGCACUUACGAGGAGAAAAUUAUAUCCCCACCAGAGGAAUUGUCUUCACGGGAUAGAUCCGUAAACAAGCCAGCUAGGUAUGCUGAAGAUCAGAAUGUGGUUAUACCUAAUAAUAAAGAACAACAGUCGACUGUAAAGGCUUCCAAUCCCAAGGGAACUUCUGAGGAGAAAAUUAUAUCCCAACCGAAGGAAUUGUCUUUAAUAGAUAGAUCCCUGGAUAAGCCAACUAGCUUUGUUGAAGAUCGAAAUGAGGUUGUACCAGAUAAUAAAGAGCAACAAUUGACUGUAAAGGCAUAUUCUCAUCCUAAGGAUAUUUCAGAAGAAAAAAUUACAUCUCAACCAGAAGAAUUGUCUUUAACGGAUAAAUCCAUGGACAAGACAACUAGGUAUGUUUCAGAUCUAAAUGUGGUUGUACCUAAUAAUAAAGACCAACAGUCAACUGUAAAGGCAUCUUCCCAUCACAAGGGCACUUUUGAGGAGAAAAACAUAUCCCAACCAGAGGAAUUGUCUUUAACAGAUAGAUCCCUAGACAAGCCAACUAAGUAUGCUGAAGAUCAAAAUAAGGUUGUACCAGAUAAUAACGAGCAACAAUCGACUGUAAAUACAUCUUCCCAUCAUAAAGGCACUUCUGAGGAUAAAAAUGUAUCACAACUAGAGGAAUCAUCUUUAAUAGAUAGAUCCCCAGACAAGCCAACUAGGUUUGUUGAAGAUAAAAACGAGGUUGUACAAGAUAAUAAAGAGCAACAAUCGACUCUAAAUGCAUCUUCCCAUCACAAGGGCACUUAUGAAGAGAAAAAUACAUCCCAACCAGAGGAAUUGUCUGUAACUAAUAGAUUCACAGACAAAACAUCUAGAUAUGAUGAAGAUCAAAAUAUGGAUGUACCUGACAAUAAAGAACAACAUUCAACUAUAAAGGCAUCUUUCCAUGACAAUGGCACUUCUGAGGAGAAAAUUAUAUCUCGAUCAGAGGAAUUGUCUUUAACAAAUAGAUCUGCGGAUAAGACAAGUACGUAUGUUGAAGAUCAAUAUGUAGUUGUACCCGAUAACAAAGAUGAACAACCGAAUGUCAUAUCUCCCCAUCACGAUGGCACUUUUGUGGAUAAAGUUAUAGUUCAACCAGAGGAAAUGUCUUCAGAAAAGCCAUUGACACAAGAUUCUAAAGAGUUGCAGAUCCAAGAGCAGGGGAAGCAGGUUUCACCCAACAACAACUCUGCAUCAACUACUGAAUCGACUGAAGUUGAAGUUUCUAGUAUGGGAACUAAAACGCCACCAUCUCCGAAAUAUCCAAGUAAGACGAACAUGAUAUACAAUGAUCAUGCGAAUGAGAAGGACGACAUAUCAGUGAAAUCAGACAUUGGGGAUUCCAGUGUUUAUGAAUCUGGAUUUGAUUCAGAUACAGACCGUUCUGAAAAUGCCAACACUGAGUUUGCAAGUGCUUCAGAAUCUGAAAUGAGUAGAACUAAUGAACCAAUGUUUCCCCGGAGGAUAACGCAAGUGCCACAAGAUCUAGCAUCAUGGCUAACCGGAUGGAGGGUAUGA